AUGGCAAAAAAUAAAAAUGAGAAAAGUAAAUUGAAGUUAUUCAAGGAUGAUGGUAUAUCAUCAAUUUCACUGAAAAACUAUACAGGAAUAGGAACUGUAAUAUUUUAUCCUUGUAAAAAUUAUAAGACACAAGAAAAAUAUUAUGGAAAUUUUUUACUUGGAAAAAAACAUGGAUAUGGGGAAUAUGAAUAUUUUAAUGGAGAUCUUUACCAAGGCUCAUUUGAGCAUAAUAAAAAAAAUGGGAUAGGAACAUAUUUUUAUAAUAACUACACAAACAAAAGAAAAGGAAAUAAAAAGAUCAGAGAAAAAAGUCAAUAUAGUGAUAAUGGGGAAAGCGAAAAUGAGUCAAAUGAAAGUAUAUCAGAAGGAAACAAAUCCAAAAGUAGUGAAAAUUUAGACAACACAGAGGAAGGAGAGAGCGAGGAAAGUCAAAAUGAGGGAAGUCAAAAUGAGGAAAGUCAAAAUGAGGGGAGUCAAAAUGAGGAAAGUCAAAAUGAGGGGAGUGAAGAAAGAGAAGGCAAAGAAAGUAGUGAAAAGGAAUGCAAUAAAAAAAAGAAAAAACUAAGUGAAAAGCUGUUAAGUCUUAUGCAAGAUUCGAAUAAAUUGAAAACCCCAAAAAACAUUACAUGCAAUACAAACGAAGGGAAAAGUUAUUAUUAUGGAAACUAUUCCAACGGGAUGAAGCACAAUGAAGGUUUGAUGGUGUAUAAAAAUGGAGACAUAUAUGUAGGUGCUUGGCGAUUUGGAAAAAAAACUGGAUAUGGGAAAUAUAUUUAUAAAAAGUGCAAAAGUGUAUUAGAGGGAUAUUGGGAAAAUGGCUAUUUAUCCCAUGGGAAAUGGAUAUUACCAAAUGGAACAUAUUUUAUUGGAAACUUCAAAAAUAAUAAACCAACAGGUGACGGAAUAUGGUAUUUUAAGGACGGGACACAAUUAAACGUUCAUUAUUAUAAAGACGAAAAGAAAUCUAAAAAAAAAAACGAACAAACAAAUAAAACGAGUGAUCCGAAUGUUUGUUUGAACUGUAAGCCAUUAUACAUCACAUAUACUAGAUCCUCAUUUUGA